GCGGCACCGAGCGGGGCUCCUGCCGGCGGUGGGUGACCCACUUCGUGCCCCCCGGGACACCGCUCGGUGCCCGCCACGCCGCAGCUCCGGUGACCUUAGCCCGGGAGCCAAGAUAAACUCUUCGGGAAGCGGCUGCUCCAGGCCGGGCGCUACAUCAUGUCCCACAAGGCCUGGAUGAAAACGGUGCCCACGGAGAACUGCGACGUGCUGAUGACAUUCCCGGACAGCACGGAUGACCACACGCUGCUGUGGCUGCUGAACCACAUCCGCCUGGGCAUCCCCGAGCUGAUCGUGCAGGUGCGGCACCACCGGCACACGCGCGUCUACGCCUUCUUCCUCACCGCCACCUACGAGAGCUUGCUGCGCGGGGCGGACGAGCUGGGGCUGCGCAAGCCGGUGAAGGCGGAGUUCGGGGGCGGCACCCGCGGCUUCUCCUGCGAGGAGGAUUUCAUCUACGAGAACAUCGACAACGAGCUCGGCUUCUUCAGCUCCCAGGAGAGGCAGAGCAUCAUCCGCUAUUGGCUGGAGAACCUGCGGGCCAAGCAGGGCGAGUCCCUGCACAACAUCCACUUCCUGGAGGGCCAGCCCAUCAUCCCGGAGCUGGCCGCACGGGGGGUGAUCCAGCAGCUGUUCCCGCUGCACGAGCAGAGGAUCCUCAAGCGCCUGAUGAAGUCCUGGGUGCAGGCGGUGUGCGAGGCGCAGCCCCUCGAUGACAUCUGUGACUAUUUUGGGGUGAAGAUCGCCAUGUACUUCGCCUGGCUGGGCUUCUACACCUCGGCCAUGGUGUACCCGGCCGUGUUCGGCUCCAUCCUCUACACCUUCACCGACAGCGACCAGUUGGUGCCGUCUGUCCCCCAGACCAGCCAGGACAUCUCCUGCGUGGUCUUUGCCAUCUUCAACGUCAUCUGGGCCACGCUGUUCCUGGAGGAGUGGAAGCGCCGCGGCGCCGAGUUCGCCUACAAGUGGGGGACGCUGGACACCCCCGCAGAGUCCCUGGAGGAGCCGCGGCCCCAGUUCCGGGGCACCAAGCGGAUCAGCCCGGUGACCAGCGCUGAGGAGUUCUAUUACCCGCCCUGGAAGCGCCUCCUGUUCCAGAGCCUCGUCAGCCUCCCCGUCUGCCUGGCCUGCCUCACCGUCGUCUUCCUCCUCAUGCUCGGCUGCUUCCAGCUCCAGGAGUUGGUGCUCAGCAUCCAGGAGCUGCCGCGCGUCCUUCGCUUCCUGCCCAAAAUCAUCCUGGCUGUCAUUGUCACCACCUGUGACGAGCUCUACAAGAAAGUGGCCUUGUGGCUCAAUGACAUGGAGAAUUAUCGGCUGCAGAGCGCCUAUGAGAAACACCUCAUCAUCAAAAUGGUCCUGUUCCAGUUCGUCAAUUCCUACCUGAGCCUUUUCUACAUCGGAUUCUACCUCAAGGACAUGGAGCGCCUCAAGGAGCUCCUGCUCAUCCUGUCCCUGUCGCAGAGCCUCGCGCGGCAGCUCCGGGAGGCUCUGCUCCCCUCCAUCCUCCUCCACCUCCACCUGUCCCUCAUCUUCCUCAGGCGCCUCCUGCGCUUUUGCUGGACCCUGGGAGUAUCCAAAAUGCUGGCCACGCUGCUGAUCACGCGGCAGUUCCUGCAGAACGUGCGGGAGGUGUCGCAGCCGCACCUGUACCGGCGGCUCCGGCGCGGCGAGCUGAGCGUGCGGAGCCUGCGGGAGCUCGGGCGGGCCCUGCUCCGCCUGCUCGCCCCGCGGCCGCCCCCGCACGGCCCUGCGGAGCGCGGCGAGAAGAAAUGCCUGAACGGCGGCUGCGGCGUGCCCGAGGAGGAGGAGGAGGAGGCGGCAGCGGAGGAAGAGCGGCGCGGCUCGGACUCGGAGGAGGAGAGCGCGCUGGACUGCGGGCUGAAGCUGAAGAAGGUGAGCUUCAUCGAGCGCGCCGAGCGCCGCGCCGAGCCCGCCGGCACCGAGGACGAGCCCUUCCUGGAGGAGGGCAGCCCCACCAUGGUGGAGAAGGGCAUGGACCCCGCGGCCGUGUUCGAGCUCUGCGAGGAGGAGGAGGAGGCCGAAGCGCAGCCCGGCAGCCCCGGCAGGGCGGCGGAGCCGGCGGUGCUGGCGAGGAGGAGGAGGAGGGAGGAGGAGGAGGGCGAGGAGGAAGGGAGGAAGCGCAACCGCGCCUCGUGGAUCGACCCCCCCGAGGAGGAUUACUCCACGCAGCUGACCCAGGCUGAGGUGGAGAGCUGCAUGAAGAAGUAUGAGGACACCUUCCAGGACUACCAGGAGAUGUUCAUCCAGUUUGGCUACGUGGUGCUGUUCUCCUCGGCCUUCCCGCUGGCGGCCGCCUGCGCGCUGCUCAACAACGUCCUGGAGAUCCGCAGCGACGCCUUCAAGCUCUGCACGGGCCUGCAGAGACCCUUCGGGCAGCGCGUGGCCAGCAUCGGCCACUGGCAGAAGGUGAUGGAGGCCAUGGGCGUCCUGGCCAUCAUGGUUAACUGCUACCUGAUCGCUCAGUGUGGGCAGCUGCAGCGCCUCUUCCCGGGGCUCAGCCCCCAGGCCGCCAUCGUCUGCGUCGUGGUGCUCGAGCACUUCGCCCUGCUCCUCAAGUACGUGAUCCAGGUGGCCAUUCCCGACAUUCCCGCCUGGGUGGCCGAGGAGAUGGCCAAGCUGGAGUACCAGCGCCGUGAGGCCUUCAAGAAGCACGAGCGGCAGGCCCAGCACCAUUUCCAGCAGCAGCAGCGCCGCAAGCGCGAGGAGGAGGAGCGGCAGCGCCACGCCGAGCUCCAGGCGCGCCGCGACCGCGACCCCGCCCGCGACGAGGCCGCCAAGGCCGGGGACACCGGGCAGGACCCGGCGCACGACAAGGGCCAGGCCAAGGGGAAAAGCUCCGGCGGCUCCUCCGCGCACGGCCCCGACAAACCCAAGCGGCCCAGCUCGCUGCUGGCCACCAACAACGUGAUGAAGCUGAAGCAGAUCAUCCCCCUGCAGGGCAAGUUCCUGUCCGGGGGCACCGGCGCGGCCGGCACCGCCACCGCCAGGUCGCCGCAGUCGCCCACGGGCAGCGAGAACAAAUUGCCGGGGUUCCUGAGCUUCAAAUUCCUCAAAUCGCCCGAGACUAAGCGGGACGCGGGCACCGAGAAGGUGCAGUCGCCCACCAAGCCCUUCAACCCCGGCAAGCUCUUUAAUUUCGGCAAGUCCGAAGGGCUCGGUGCCAACGGGGGCGCGGCCGGAGCGUCCCCGCAGCCCCGCGCGGGGCCCUCGGCGGACGCGGGGCCCGGGAAGUCGCAUCUCAACGAGGAAGGGGCGCGGGAGGAAGCGGAGAACCGGGCGGAGGAGGAGGGCAGCGGUGCCCGGCUCUGACCGGGGGCUCCGGGGGGUCGGGAGGAGCCGGGCGGGGGAGGAGAGCGGCGGUGCCCGGCUCUGAGCGGGGCUCCGAGCGCACGGGGAGCCGGAGAACCGGGCGGAGGAGCAGGAGGGCGGCGGUGCCCGGUUCUGAGCGGGGCUCCGGCGGUUCCGGCGGCUACGGGAGCCGCCCGGUCCCU